UGAUCGUGAUAUCGAAAUACCAAACAGACGUGUUCGAGAUCGAACAGCUAUCUUAUCUAUCUACCUUACACUGUUGCAACGACAUUUUUGCGAUAGGUACUUGACGGUGAAUCCGACUGAUUAGAUGUUGUUGAUUGAUUUGAGCUCGGCUCUGUAAAAUGUGGUCGACCUCGUGAAAUUCGGGCAAACAAUUCACUUAACAUCGCCACGAAGCGAGUACGGCGGCGCGCACGAUAAUCACUGGUUCAAACGAAGUUUCGCGCGCUGCGCCAGAUGCUGAUUUCUGCGAACUUCUGUGAUCUUUCCAUUCAGUUUCACAACGAUCGAUCGUCAAAGAUAGUCACGAGGGCCGGCCUCGUAAUGAAGAUGAGUAUCCUCUUAUCAGAGCAAUACGUGCGUAUGUCGAUAAAAAAAGGAAAAGAAUCACCGACAAGUUGACCCGUUAACAUUUCAAUCGCAGUCUAGACCUCUCGGCUAAGCGAUAAACGUCAACCAGCUUUGACCGCGCGGCCGGGUCUGCUGCAAUUGUGGCCGCUACGCGUCGCGACAACAACGACGACGGGAUCAUUGCUGUCCAGAAGUGAAGAUAAGGUCCGCGACAACAGUCGCAAUCAUCACCGCCACUGCCGCCGUCGCUCUGCCGCUACCAUCCUCACUGUCGAAUGCGAAUACAGACAGCCUGACAGAGCCUGAGGCCGAUGUGUCACUGAUUUUGAAUCAUUGUUCGCAUAGUGCAGGCGAGUUCGUGUGUGCAAUACGCUUUGUGCGGCGAGCUUCUCUUUCUUCAUUCUUCGAUUCACUGUCGGUGCACAAGUCUCGCGAAAUAUGGAAAAGCAGGAAAAGCGGACGGCCGGAAAAAUCGAGCUGAAGAGGGAACUGGGACUUUUCAGCGCGGUCAGCAUUAUCCUGGCGGUGAUGAUUGGUUCCGGGAUCUUCGUGUCGCCGACCAGCGCUCUCGAGCGUUCCGGCUCCGUGGGGUUUUGCCUGAUCGUCUGGAUCAGCUGCGGCUUGCUGUCCCUGGUCGGCGCGCUGGCCUUCGCCGAGCUGAGCACCGUGGUGCCGCGUUCCGGUGCUGAGUACGCGUACUUCAUCGAGGCCUUCGGGCCUCUGCACGCUUACGCCGGCCAGAUACCGGCAUUCACCUGCUCUUGGAUCUACGUGAUGCUGCUGCGACCGGCGGAAGUGGCGGUGAUCAUACUGACAUUCGCGGAGUACAGCGUACAGCCGUUCUCCGAAUUCCUCAGUGAUCUACCCGGCGAGUCCAUGUCAACGCUGAAAAAACUCAUUGCGAUCAUGGCACUGGCCGUGAUCACGUUCAUCAAUCUCACCAGCGUGAAGCUCUACGUGAAGGUGCAGAACGUGUUCACCGUGUGCAAGGUAUUCGCGUGCAUAGUGGUGAUAGGCGGUGGGAUAUGCUGGCUGAGUACCGGCCACACGCGACUACUCGAGGAUCCCUUCCGCGGCACUACCACGUCGAUCGGUAACGUGGCAUUGGCUUUCUACAGUGGUCUCUGGGCAUACGACGGCUGGAGCUCGGCCUCGAUCGUCACCGAGGAGAUCCAGAGGCCUGAGGUCAAUAUCCGCCGGAGUAUCCUCAUCGCGGUGCCUACCAUCACCGUUCUGUACGUGUCGAUGAACUUGAUGUACAUGGCGGCGUUAACUAUGCCGGAGAUGGUGAGCGCACCGGCGGUGGCUGUCCUAUGGGCCGGUCGGGUUCUGCCAGCUUGGAUGGGCUUUAUCAUACCGAUCGGGGUAGCGUUGUCCACCUUCGGAUGCGCUCUUAGCGUGCAAUUCGGCGUGUCCAGGCUCUGUUUUGUCGCGGGCAGAGAAGGCCAUGUGCCGCGUAUCUUCAGUUACGUGCACAUCGAGAAGAUGACGCCGGCCGCGGCGGUGGCUUUCCAGGGCAUACUUGCGUUGGUGUGCCUGUUGGUGGGCAACAUAAUCGCUCUCAUCGAGUUCGCCAGUUUCCUCACAUGGGUGUUCUACGGAUUAGCGAUGGUGUCGCUGAUAAUCAUGCGACGAACGAAGCCUGACGCUCAUAGACCGUACUCCGUGCCUAUCGUGAUACCUUGGCUGGUACUAGGCGUCUCGAUCUUCCUCGCGGUGUUGCCGAUAGUCCAUGAGCCAUCGGCCAAGUAUCUCUUCGCGCUCCUCUUCAUCCUAGCCGGCAUCGCCGUUUACCACGUUUUCGUGUACAAGAAGACCAGAAGUACUUUAGCAGCUAAACUAACGUAUUUCGUGCAAUCAUUAUGCCUAAUCGUCGCGCCAGACAAAGAAGAAGACUGAUCGAAUAUUCAUCGAAUCUACUAUUCGCAUAAGUAAUCAAUGUUUGCUCAUAUGAUACUCGAAGAUUCGGGCUAGGUAUGAAUUACGUCAUUCGAUGAAAAAAUGACACUGUUUUAUAAUUAUCUCUUUUAUUGCCCAAAAUGCUUAAAGAACCAGUCUUUGUGCGAUGAACAUUAAUCGAAUCAACAAUGUGCCCUGCACUAUACAAGAGGGGGAUGCUUGCCCCAAGAUAUAUCUCAUUAAUGUGUAAAGUAUUUUAUACAAAGAGUAUAUCGGUACAACUUAUACAACGUUGUCUUAUACAAGAUAUAAAUGCUUAACAAAAAUAGCAUUUUGUAUACUUGUUGCAAUAUUGCAAUAUUUUAUAAUAUAUAUAUUACUUUAUGAACAUGUAGAUAUAAUAAAUGCAUAACAAUAGAA